GAGAGAUGGGCAAGGGAGGAGCUUUGUACAGCCGAGCCGCGAACAGCGUAGUCACCAGGCACACUCCUGAAUGCAUUCUGUUGAAAGCAAGUUCGACGGUUCCGCUCUUAUUUUCAACGCAGUGGGCUCUUUUCUCAGUACUGUAGGUUUAUUAAAAAGGAAUACUGAUUUUAAAGGAUUGCAUCUGCAAAGUCAGUUGUCUUGCACAGUUUAUGGCAUCUCAUUAAACAAGCUCCAGUGUCUUCAUCAUGUCAGUACGGUCAGAGGGGGCCCAGCGAAAGUGGGCAGCCGUGCGAGGGCGCCUGGGCUCCUCCCAGGACUCCGACUCCCAGCAGGAGGCCAACCUGGAGAGCGCCGACCCGGAGCUGUGCAUCAGACUCCUGCAGGUCCCCACCGUGGUCAACUACUCCGGCCUGAAGCGGCGCCUGGAGGGCAGCGACCAGGGAUGGAUGGUGCAGUUCCUGGAGCUGAGCGGGCUGGACCUGCUGCUGGAGGCCCUGGACCGGCUGUCGGGGCGCGGCUGCUCCCGGAUUUCGGACGCCCUGCUGCAGCUCACCUGCGUCAACUGCGUGCGCGCUGUCAUGAACUCCUCCGCCGGCAUCCACUUCAUCGUGGAUAACGAGGGCUACGUCCGCAAGCUGUCACAGGCCUUGGACACCUCCAACACCAUGGUGAAGAAGCAGGUGUUCGAGCUGCUGGCUGCCCUCAGCAUGUUCUCUGCAAAAGGCUACAACCUGGCCCUGGAUGCACUGGAACACUACAAGGGAGUGAAGACUCAGCAGUACCGUUUCAGUGUUAUCAUGAAUGAGCUGCAGGCCACUGACAACGUCCCUUACAUGGUUACCCUCCUCAGUGUCAUCAAUUCACUCAUCUUCGGGGCUGAGGAGUUGCGGCAGAGGGACAAAGUGCGGAAGGAGUUUGUCGGGCUACAGUUGUUGGAUAUAUUGCCCAAAUUAAGGUAA